CCUAGCGCCAUUUUGUGGGAGCGAAGCGGUAGCUGGGCUGCUCCUGGAUCCCUCGCUGCUUCGGUUUCCCUGUCGGGCUUCCUAGCAGCGGCCUAGCGGAAAGAUAAGAAAAGAUGUCCGAGUAUAUUCGGGUAACUGAAGAUGAGAAUGACGAGCCCAUUGAAAUACCAUCAGAAGACGACGGGACAGUGCUGCUGUCCACGGUUACAGCCCAGUUUCCCGGCGCUUGUGGGCUGCGCUACCGGAAUCCAGUGUCGCAGUGUAUGAGAGGUGUCCGGCUAGUGGAAGGAAUUCUGCAUGCCCCCGAUGCUGGCUGGGGGAACCUGGUGUAUGUUGUCAACUAUCCCAAAGAUAACAAAAGAAAAAUGGAUGAGACAGAUGCUUCAUCAGCAGUGAAAGUGAAAAGAGCUGUCCAGAAAACGUCUGAUUUAAUAGUGUUGGGUCUUCCAUGGAAAACGACUGAACAGGAUCUAAAAGAAUAUUUUAGUACCUUUGGAGAAGUUCUCAUGGUUCAGGUCAAGAAGGAUAUUAAAACUGGUCAUUCAAAGGGGUUUGGCUUUGUUCGUUUUACGGAAUAUGAAACCCAGGUUAAAGUAAUGUCACAGCGGCAUAUGAUAGAUGGACGGUGGUGUGACUGUAAACUUCCUAAUUCUAAGCAAAGCCCGGAUGAGCCUCUGAGAAGCAGGAAGGUGUUCGUCGGGCGCUGCACGGAGGACAUGACCGCCGACGAGCUGCGCCAGUUCUUCUGCCAGUACGGGGAAGUGGUAGACGUCUUCAUUCCCAAACCGUUCAGGGCCUUUGCCUUUGUUACGUUUGCAGACGAUCAGGUUGCCCAGUCUCUUUGCGGAGAGGACUUGAUCAUUAAAGGAAUCAGCGUACACAUAUCCAAUGCUGAACCUAAGCACAAUAGCAAUAGACAGUUAGAAAGAAGUGGAAGAUUCGGUGGUAAUCCAGGUGGCUUUGGGAAUCAGGGUGGGUUUGGUAACAGUAGAGGGGGUGGGGCUGGCCUGGGGAACAAUCAAGGAAGUAAUAUGGGCGGAGGGAUGAACUUCGGUGCUUUCAGCAUUAAUCCAGCGAUGAUGGCUGCGGCCCAGGCAGCGCUACAGAGCAGCUGGGGCAUGAUGGGCAUGCUGGCCAGUCAGCAGAACCAGUCGGGCCCGUCAGGGAACAACCAAAGCCAAGGCAACAUGCAGAGGGAGCCAAAUCAGGCCUUUGGUUCUGGAAAUAACUCCUAUAGCGGUUCUAAUUCCGGCGCAGCCAUUGGUUGGGGAUCCGCAUCGAACGCAGGGUCGGGCAGCGGUUUUAAUGGAGGGUUUGGCUCAAGUAUGGAUUCCAAGUCUUCUGGCUGGGGGAUGUAGAGAGGGGGCGGUAGAGACUGGUGGGAAUUCAGAUUUUUCUAAACACAUGGUAAGUAUAUUGUAAGAUACAUAUGUACUAAGAAUUUUCAAAAUUGGUUUGUUCAGUGUGGAGUAUAUUCAGCAGUAUUUUUGACAUUUUUCUUUAGAAAAAGAGGAAAAGCUAAAGGAAUUUUAUAAGUUUUGUUACAUAAAGGGUUGAAAUAUUGAGUGUUUGAAAGUGAACUGCUGUUUGCCUGAUGGGUAAAAACCAACACACUACAAUUGAUAUCAAAAGGUUUCUCCUGUAAUCUUUUAUCCCUGGACUUGUCAAGUGAAUUCUUUGCAUGUUCAAAUGGAAACCAUUGGUUAGAACUACAUUCUUUUCUCCUUGAUUUAAUUUGAACCCCGCCAUAUGGAUUUUUCCCUUAGGAAAAUCUCCUUCUUGGAGACGAUGGUGUCACAGUGUUUGGUUCUUUUUGUUUUUGUUCUUGUUUUUUUAACACUUGUUUCCCUUCACAUGCAAAAGUACAAUAUGAAGCCUUCAUUUAAUCUCUGCAGUUCAUCUCAUUUCAAAUGUUUAUGGAAGAAGCACUUCAUUGAAAGUAGUGCUGUAAAUGUUCCGCCAUAGGAAUGCUUCUGUCUGCACGCUUUCUCACUCAAGAACUCGUCAGCACGCUGCGCAGGCUGCGUCUUUGACGGUGGGUGUCCCAUUUUUAUCCGCUACUCUUUAUUUCAUGGAGUCGUAUCAACGCUAUGAACGCAAGGCUGUGAUAUGGAUCCAGAAGGCUGUUUGAACUUUUGAAACCUUGUGUGGGAUUGAUGGUGGUGCCGAGGCAUGAAAGGCUAGUAUGAGCGAGAAAAGGAGAGAGCGCGUGCAGAGACUUGGUGGUGCAUAAUGGAUAUUUUUUAACUUGGCGAGAUGUGUCUCUCAAUCCUGUGGCUUUGGUGAGAGAGUGUGCAGAGAGCAAUGAUAGCAAAUAAUGUACGAAUGUUUUUUGCAUUCAAAGGACAUCCACAUCUGUUGGAAGACUAAGUGAGUUUUGUUCCUAGAUGACCCACGUUAGCUGAAUGUGUUAAGUGAAACGAUUACUUGUACUUCCCCCACCCCUUUGUCAACUGCUGUGAAUGCUGUAUGGUGUGUGUUCUCUUCUGUUACUGAUCUGUAAGUGUGGUCACGUGAACUGAAGCUGGUGGGGUGAGAACAUGGACGAGCUUGUGGUGUGCUUUGCAGGAGUACUUGGAAGCAGAGUUCACCAGUGAGCUCGGGGUGUCGCAGAGAAGGGUGGAAGUUCUCAUGUCUGUUAGCUACCCAUAAGAAUGCUGUUUGAUGCAGUUUUGUGUCCUGUGCUUGGAUGCUUUUUAUAAGAGUUGUCAAUGUUGGAAAUUCUUAAAUAAAACUGAUUUAAAUAAUAUGUGUCUUUGUUUUGCAGCCCUGAAUGCAAAGAAUUCAUAGCAGUUAAUUCCCCUUUUUUGACCCUUUUGAGAUGGAACUUUCAUAAAGUUUCUUGGCAAUAGUUUAUUUUGCUUCAAAUAAACUUAUUUGAAAAGUUGUCUCAAGUCAAAUGGAUUCAUCACCUGUCAUGCAUUGACACCUGAUACCCAGACUUAAUUGCUAUUUGUUCUUGCAUUGUCCAAAGUGAAAGUUUUUUUUGUUUUUGGUUUUUUUUUUUGUUUUUUUGUUUUUUUCUUUUUAAAUCUAGUUUUUAAUAAGUCUGGGUGACCGCACCUAAAAUGGUAAGCAGUACCCUCCGGCUUUUUACUAGUGCCUCUGUGCAUUUGGGUGAUGUUCUAUUUACAUGGCCUGUAUAAAUCUCCAUUGGGACUCAUGCCUUCUAAAAAUAUUCUUAUUUGGGGGAGUGGGAAGAACUCUGUUAAUUAUUUUCAAAUGCUUUGUAGCAAAGCAUAGCAGUCGAAAAGAAGGGCAUAUCAGCACCUUCCUAGUUUGGGAUUUCAAAAGUGGAAUUAAUUGCAGUAGGGAUAAAGUAGAAGAAACCACAAAUUAUCUUGUGCCUGAAAUCCAUUACAGAGCCUGAUAGCUUUAAGAACUAGCAGGGUGGGUUGUCUGUCUGGAAGUGUUAAGUGAAAUGGGCUUUGUGCCCCACAAGUGGGGGACUAGAGUAAGGUCGAAUAAAAUCGUUUACAAACUCAGAUUAGACUCUGACGAUGCAUUGUGAAGUAUGUAAAAGCAAUAAUUACUGAUUCUCUGUUGUACUUUUUAUGUAACUGCAGUGAGAGUUGAGCUUGUUUUCUGAUGGAAGAAUGUGAACGGUUUUGUGUCGGUAGUUUUACCUGAUGCCCUUAUCUGGUCAGAUGAUGAUAAAUAGGUCUGUCAUUCUGAAGUUACGUGUGUGAGACUUUUAGAAACGAAGUCGUCCUUUAGACUUGUGAUCGCCACGUUGUUUCGCUAUUCAGUUUCCUCUGUAAAAGGAUCUUGCAUUGUUUGAAUUUUUUUUUCUGCAUCUAAAUUGCAUGAUUUCCAAACCCUGUACCAUCUGAAUUUUGCAUUUUAGCACUUGCACUAUUACUCAGCAGCAGUAACAUGGUAACACUUAAAAUGGUAUUCGGGGACCUCCAAAGACUAAACUGUCAAGCCUGCAAGGAGCCCAGGGGUAAGUUCACUUGUCGAUGGCAUGGUUUUGAUCCCUUAUUUACACUUGUUGUCAAUCUAGUUACCAGUCUUAGAAGGCUCUCGAUGUGGAGCAGCCUUCUGCUAACAUGUUUGUGGUACCAGGAGCUGUGGGUAUUUAAUUCUACCCUAGAAAAAAGAGAAACAAAGAAAACGAAGUCUAGAAGUAAACUAUUUGACAAAGAUUUGUUUUUAAAAGUCUGUUUGGUCAUCUCAGUGCGUUCAUUCUCAAAACUUUUUGAACCAGUUGAAUAAAAAAUUUGUUGUCACCACA